AUGUCUGACCAAAACUUAACACAUAUCAAUUUCUGUGCUAUAAAUCGUUUUCAAUCAUCAUACAAUGCAUUAAAUACCAUGCGAAGGAAAAAUGAAUUUUGCGAUAUACAAUUUUUAGUUGGAGAAAUAAAAAUAUCAGCUCACAAAGCUAUAUUAUCUUCUCACAGUAGUUAUUUUAAUGACAUGUUUAAUGGAAAUUUCAAAGAUUCUAAAUUAUUGGACAUUAAAAAUGUAGAAAUCACUCCUAGUUCAUUUGAACUAUUAAUAGAUUUUCUAUAUACAUCUCAAAUUACAAUAAAUUAUUACAAUGUGCAGGAAUUAUUAAUAGCAUCACGUUUUUUAAUGCUCAAUGAUGUGGAAAAGGAAUGUUUAAAAUAUUUAGAACAAAACAUUGAUAUUGGAAACUUUAUGACAGUAAAAAGAAUUGCUGAUAGGAAUGAAAUAAAAGAUUUACAUGAAUUAUUUCUGUCAUAUGUACUAAAAAACUACAAUAAUGUUGUCAAGUCAAAUACAUUUUUAUCAUUUUCGUUUGAAUUGAUGAUGGAACUUAUUCAGAGUGAUGACUUACAUGCAGAAGAAGAAGAGGCUUAUGAAUCUAUUAUGAUGUGGUUAAAACAUGAUCUAAAAGAACGUUUAAAAUGUCUGCCUGAGUUAUUUAAGUCCAUUCGGUUAAGUUUAAUGUCAAUUGAUUAUUUAGAUGAUAUUGUUCAAGAAGAGGAACUUAUUAGAUCUGAUAUUACGAGUAUGAAUUACUUAUGUAAUGCCUAUAAAGUAGUUCACCGGCAGGAAAAGUCAUCAGUUGAUGUAUUAUCAUCGACUUUCAAUAUUACAUAUCGAAAAUCCAGUAAGAAAUUACAGUCAUAUCUAGAGAAAGAAAAAAGUGUUGAAAAUGAUGAUGAAGACAUAGAAGAGCAAGAAUCAAGUGUUGAAAUUUAUGCCGGAGAAUGUGAAGACACAGAAGAUGAUGGCUAA